AAAAUCACAGCAACAAAGCCAGCAAAAUGUAAACAAUACUAACGGCAAUACAAAGGCAACAGUGGCAAUUCCAGAUAGCAUAUAUAAGACAAUAACAACGGAUGAAAACACCAAUGACGAACAAAUUUUCUGA